GCCGCAAGAUUGGCUUCACACACCGUUGCGAGGCUCAAAUUUGAUCAACUUCCGAAAUGUCACGUCUCGCGACCGCGGACAAGGAUAUCCCUUCAACGAGCUCUCAGCCCACAGAGUGCCAAAGCCAAGGGAAGCAACGUCGGGACUGGAAUAGCGUGCCUCCUUGAUUCGAGACGAACGGGCAACGCUCAUCUCGUCGGACCUUGUUCGCGACAUUCACAGGGAGUAUGGACUCGAGCGGAUGUAACGUCAGACUGGGAACAUGGCCAUGCUAUUUGGAGGCAUUCCCCUGGUUUUCAAGCUUUCAUUUACAAUCGUCGCUUCCGAAGCCGAUGCGAAACAAGCACCGUACUGGGUAGGUUGCGGCAUAAUUGUAGACUCUGGGCGAAAAAGAGGGGAUAGAGUCUAUUGUUGUGCCCUUGAUAUGAUGGCAUCAGACAGCACGCCUUUACGGAUACUACUAAUGUACAUCACCGAUCAAAAACUCCGUUAUUCGGAGUGGAGGGGCUGAUGGCGAUGUGCUCGACAGUAAUAAGGAAGUCGAUUCAAUUGGACCCGUCUCUGCCAACCAACCUCUUUGGAGUAGCGAAGACAGAAAAGUUUGGCGGUCUUUGACGGCGCUACGUUUCGUUCCGUGUUAGUCGCUACAAAGUUUCGACCAUUUCGGGGUCCUGGGCUAAAAGAGCCCAAGAGAGAGAGGGGGGGGGGGG